AUGGUCAAAAAGGACAUCGGUGGUUGGAGAAUGUGUGUGGAUUUCACCGAUCUCAACAAGGCCUGCCCCAAAGACUGCUAUCCUCUCCCAAGAAUAGACACCCUCGUCGACUCGGCGAUGGGUUACGAGAUCCUUUGUUUACUGGAUGCCUUCAAAGGGUAUCAUCAAAUAGGAAUGAGUGAAGAGGACCAAGAGAAGACGGCGUUCUACACCGACCAAGGUGUUUAUUGCUACACUACCAUGCCAUUUGGGCUAAAGAACGCCGGGGCGACCUACCAGAGGCUGAUCAACCGCCUCUUCAAAAACCAGAUCGGCCGCAAUGUGGAGGCCUACUCGGACGACAUUCUCGUCAAGAGCCUAACUACUUCGGCUUUUUUGUCCGAUGUGAGAGAGGUCUUCGGCGUCCUGCGGGACUCGAGGAUGAAAUUGAAUCCCAAGAAGUGCGUCUUCGGCGUCACCUCCGGAAAAUUCUUGGGAUAUCUGGUUUCCCGCCGGAGAAUCGAGGCCAACCCCGACAAGGUCAAGACCAUUCAGGACAUGUCCCCACCUCGGAACCUCCGAGAAGUCCAAAGACUAAAUGGACGCCUGGCCGCGCUGAACCGCUUCCUGUCCCAAUCUGCUAAGAAAGCUCUGCCCUUCUUUAAGGUGUUGAAGAAGGCUGACCAAUUCGCCUGGACUGAGGAGUGUCAGGCUGCCUUCGACCAGCUGAAACAUGCUGUGUUCAUCCGAGAUGAGGGCACCCAAGUGCCGGUCUACUAUAUCAGCCGAGCCCUCCGUGGGCCGGAGACUCGGUACAUCCAGGUGGAAAAGCUCGUAUUGGGACUAGUCCACGCAGCUCGGCGGCUGAAACCCUACUUCCUGGCUCACCCCAUCUCCGUCAGAACAGACCAACCUAUACGGCAGAUACUGGUGCGACCCGAGGCAUCCGGGCGCCUUACCAAGUGGGCCAUCGAAUUGGGAGAGUAUGACUUGUCAUAUGAGCCCCGCACCGCCAUAAAAGUACAAGCCUUAGCCGAUUUCCUUGCCGAACUCACCUUCACGGAAGGUCCAGAAUCCACCUCCGCCUUUGCCGAGGUGUCCACCCCAUCCCUGUGGACAUUGUAUGUAGAUGGAUCCUCUAAUGGAGAGGGCAGCGGAGCUGGGUUGCUCCUGGAGGGCCCCCAAGGAGAAAUGUGCUCGUACGCCCUCCGCUUUGGCUUCCCAGCCACCAAUAAUGAAGCCGAGUACGAGACCUUAAUUGCUGGACUCCAACUGGCUCGCAGGCUCGGCGCCCAGCAAAUCCACGUCCGCAGUGACUCCCAAUUCGUUGUACGGCAAGUUCUUGGUGAAUACGAGGCCAAGGAUGAGACCAUGCAACGGUACCUCUCCAAAGUUCACCAACUCAUCGCGUACUUCGAGUCUUUCGAAAUCCAAAGAAUAUCCCGGUCCCAGAAUAAGCGAGCCGACGCCUUAUCCCGGCUGGCUUCCACAUCAUUCUCUGAUCUCAACAAAACAGUUUUAGUGGAAGUCCUGAGUGAACCGGGAUACGUGGAAGAGGUGGCCUGCCCCGUGCACUCUGAAGAUACCUGGAUGACCCCGUUCAUCCUUUUCUUGGGUCAGGGAGCCCUUCCCGAAUACCGAGCCCAGGCGAGGAAGAUACAACGCAAGGCUGCUCGGUAUGUUCUCCGCGAUGAAGAACUAUAUAAGCGCUCCUACCUCGGCCCGUGGCUGAGGUGUGUCACCCCCGAGGCAGGACGCCACGUCUUCCACGAGAUCCACGAAAGCCUGUGUGGAGCUCACGUCGGCCACAAAAUGCUAGCCAAGAAGGCUUUGCUUCUUGGAUAUUUCUGGCCCUCUGUUCGGCAAGACGCCCAUGAUCUCGUUCUCGGCUGCCCUUCCUGCCAAGUCCACGUACCCGAGCAUCACCAGCCCGCAAACUUCAUGGUUCCCAUCACUUCACCUUGGCCAUUUGAGCAAUGGGGGACAGACAUCAUAGGUCCUUUCCCCAGAGCCGUCGGGGGUUAUACUUUCCUGAUAACCGCUGUGGAUUAUUUCACCAAGUGUGUUGAGGCCGAGCCUCUGAGGACCAUCACCCGACUGGCAAUUCAAAAAUUCUUUUGGAAAUGCAUCGUCUACCGCUUCGGCAUACCUCAGGUCAUCAUCUCGGAUAAUGGAAGGCAAUUUGCCGAGAACCCCUUUAAAACUUGGUGCACAAACCUUGGCAUCAAACAACAUUUCACUUCGGUGGGCCACCCCCAGGCCAACGGUCAAGCAGAAAAUUUCAACCGAACUCUCCUGCAUGGUCUCAAGACUCGACUACACCGAGUUGGGUCAUUUUGGGUCGAGAAACUCCCCAGUGUCCUGUGGUCGUACCGGACCACGUCGAGGUCAGCAACGCAAGAGACCCCCUUCUCCUUGACCUACGGCGCCGAGGCUGUCAUCUCGGCCGAGAUCCUUACCCCCAGCUCUCGGCUGGCAGCCUAUGCUGCCGAGGUGAAUGACGAACAGAGACAGCUGGAUCUCGACCUCGUCGAGGAACGAAGGGACCUCGCCUCAACCCGGAUAGCUUCCUACAAGAACACACUGGCACACUAUUACAAUGCCCGUGUCAGACACCGUAGAUUCCAGCCUGAAGACUUGGUUCUCAGAAAAAACUCGACCAGCCGAGCUGAACCGCAAGGGAAAUUGUGCCCGAAAUGGGAAGGCCCUUACCGAGUUGUGGAAUCUGACCUUAAGGGAUAUUGUAAACUGAGCUACCGAGAUGGCUCCCUAGUGCCGAGGUCUUGGCACGCCGAGAAUCUCAAAAUGUAUUAUACUUGA